UCGAUUAGAGUCGUGGCCUGUUACAAUGUGGGAAGGAUACGCGAGUUUAUUUCGAGACUUCAGUCUUGUUAAUCGCUUUUGGAUGAUCGUCGUUCGUUUUGUUACGUAAACUUUCUAACUUGAGGCCACUCGGUUAUUAAUAAACUGUAAGUUGCAGUUGUAUGUAUAAGUUGCUAUUAGCACAUUUGUGAUUUGGUGUUUUGUUAGAAUAAUAGGUUCAUCUCGUGUAAGCUCAGCUCGUACGGUAACCUCGUUUUCAAGCGUUGGGACUGUUUACACAAUAAACAAAGUUUAGUCUGUGUUUGUGUAUCGACAGUUAACCGAAACUGAUUACCCUAUCUCGUUUCUAUGAACUGUACAUGUGGUGUUUCAAUUUGUGAUUAUUUUGUAAAUUUAGUGACGAAAGAUUGGUUUUAAGUUUAGCUUUGGAUAAUGUUUAUGUUAUGAAAGUUUUUGAUAACCCUCAUGGAUAGUGAGGGUCGUUUGGUGUUUUGGAAGGGCGGCAUGUGGGAAGGAGGUGCACCUACGCUCAGCUGUAAUACUUGUAAGAAACGCCGCGCUGAGAGAAUGAGUGCCAAUGAGCGCCCUCAAGGCGAGCUGAAGAAGCUCUCGGAAGAGAGUCUCACACGGCAGCCAGAGGAGGUGUUCGACAUCAUCUGCAAGCUCGGAGAGGGCUCCUAUGGCAGCGUAUAUAAGGCUUUACACAAAGAGAGCGGGCAGGUGCUUGCCAUCAAGCAGGUGCCGGUGGACACGGACCUCCAGGAGAUCAUCAAGGAGAUCUCCAUCAUGCAGCAGUGCGACAGCCCCUACGUGGUCAAGUAUUACGGCAGUUACUUCAAGAAUACUGAUCUAUGGGUGAGAUUCUUUCUAUCUUCUAUUGUUAGUGGGUCAGUGCUGGACAUCAAGCAGGUGCCGGUGGACACGGACCUCCAGGAGAUCAUCAAGGAGAUCUCCAUCAUGCAGCAGUGCGACAGCCCCUACGUGGUCAAGUAUUACGGCAGUUACUUCAAGAAUACUGAUCUAUGGAUUGUAAUGGAGUAUUGCGGUGCCGGUUCAGUGUCAGAUAUAAUGAGGCUCAGAAAGAAGACGCUGUCGGAAGACGAGAUAGCGACGAUACUCUGCGACACGCUCAAGGGAUUGGAGUAUUUGCACAGGCGGCGGAAGAUACACAGGGACAUCAAAGCGGGGAACAUAUUGCUUAAUACGGAAGGUCACGCGAAACUGGCCGAUUUUGGAGUGGCUGGCCAGCUGACGGACACAAUGGCGAAACGGAACACAGUAAUCGGGACACCGUUCUGGAUGGCGCCGGAGGUCAUCCAGGAGAUAGGGUACGACUGCGUGGCAGACAUCUGGUCUUUGGGCAUCACCGCUCUGGAAAUGGCGGAGGGGAAGCCGCCGUACGGUGAUAUACACCCCAUGAGAGCUAUCUUCAUGAUACCUACGAAACCUCCGCCAUCAUUCAGAGAACCGGACCAGUGGUCACCGGAGUUCAUAGACUUUGUGAGCCAGUGUCUCAUCAAGAAUCCCGAUGAACGAGCCACGGCGGAGUUUCUUCUAGCUCAUGAGUUUAUAGGUAACGCGAAACAUCCGAGUAUCCUGAGCACGAUGAUAGCGGAGGCGCGGGAGAUCCGCGAGAGCCAGGCCUACCGCCACGCCGCGCACGCCAACAACGCCAACACCUUCGGGGCCGGCGAAGGUUUCGAUGACGCGACGAUGAAGAAACGCGAUGACGGUACUCUGGUGCCGGGUAGGGACGGGUCGCUGUGCGCGUCGCUGGCGGCCGACCUCGGCACCAUGGUCAUCAACGAGCCCGACGCCGACCUCGCCACCAUGAAGCGGCACGACACUGACCCCAUGGACACGAACAGACCUAAGUACAGGCCGCUGUUCUUGGAGCACUUCGAGAAGAAGGAGGUGGACCACCAGCACGCGGGCGCCAGGACCAACGGCACGCUGGCGGGCAGGCGGCCGGAUGGACUCGACGCUACGGAGGGCGAGGCGGGCGAGGGGGGCGCGGCGCUGGUGGCGGGCGGGAACCUGGAAUUCCUGUCGUUCCUGCCGGUGGCGGAGCUGGAGGCGCGCAUGGCCCGCCUGGACGCGGAGAUGGAGGCCGAGAUCGAGCUGCUGCACGCGCGCUACACGCGCAAGCGGCAGCCCAUCCUCGACGCCAUCCACCUCAAGAGGAAGCGCCAGCAGAACUUCUAGCUCGCAUAGUCUGACGGGCCGCGGAGGUACCUACCAUACAUUUAUAUAGGUGUAUUUAUCAGGAAACCUGAGAUUGCUUGUUGAUUCCCGCCAUUUUGAUGUUGAUGUACGUUCGUGCGUGCGCGAAUGAUAGCGAAUACUGGAUGCCGUAGUGCUGACGAGAAAAUGACAACAGAAGUUUUGGUAACACGGUUUGAUAAUUGGACCAUAGAUUAUGUAGAAUACUAGAACAAAUAAAACUGUUUAAAGAUAAGCAAAAAAAAAAAUUCAUGACAAUUUCUUUUUAAUUUUGGCAUCUCGUCGCUAUACGUAUACGUAAGCGAAAACAACAGGAGAACCAUCCUCCUCAAGUGGAAACCGACUGACACUCUCACAAAGAAACAAAACGAAUAAAAUAAAUAGAAUUAUAAUAGAUAGAGAAAAAUAGAAUAAGUGAUUUUUAGAUUUUCAAAAUUCGAACAACUUGACCAAACAAUAUGGCGGCCAUUUGCGUCAAAUGUCAUUUUAAUACCUAUCCAUAACGCUCACGAUCGCUCUACAAAACAAUAAUUAUCCAUGUCAGUGGCUUGGGGAGGGAGAAUAUUUUGUCUGACUCUUACAUCUUUUGAUUUGAUCCAAAAAAAGGGAGCUUAAUCAACAUACUAUUCGGUGCUUAAAGCUGAUUGGUGCAUUUAUUUUUUCUAGUGUUGCCAUUUCGUAACGAUGCCUAACAUGUUUCAAUAUCUAGAGGAGUUUACGUGCCAAACGGCAUAUGUUCCUAAAUUGACUGCUUUUCGAAAUUUAGGCCUAUAUUAUACAUUGGCGUGUUGACUUUACGUCACACAUAAAUUUUGUGAGUGCAUUUUGUAUUUUAUUGAUGGAAAAUUUAAAAGUAGUGGCCAAAUUUAAAUGAAUAUGCCUUCAUGAAUUAAUUAACAGAUGGUUUACAAAGUGGAAGGAUUUGGACAAUUUAUAAUGUAAUUACAGACUUUUGAAAAUGAAAUUAAAUAUUUGAAGUAUGGUAAUAAAAACGUGAAUGCCACAGAAGGUGCUGGCUCAGUGUUACAUGCUGUUUUGAGCCGAGAUAAGAGUAGAGGUUAAUAACAAACUGGCCACGUUAAAAAAAACGGUUUUAUAAACGAAGUUUCUAUACUUUAAGUAAUCUUUUUUUUUUUUGCAAUUAAGUCUAUCAAGGUUUGUCGCAAAGGGCGUUUCAACUAAAUUUAGAUUAGUUUUAGUAUGUAGGUUGUUAUUUUAGUGUAAAUUAGGUCUCUAUAGUUUUAAGGAUGCAGAAACAUAUCCCCUGUAGUUAUACCUAUUGAUAAUGAUUUUCAAAUAGCUAAUUAUUAUAUUUCAAUUUAUUAUUCACGAUAUCUCUUAAUAAUGGUGAUAUUUCGUGUGCAAAUAUAUUUGGUUAUUUUUUUCAUAUUCAGGAGGCGUGUUGAAUGAAGUAAUAUCCAUGUUUUGUUUUUCGUCGAUUACCAUCAAAUAAUUUAAAUAUUAUUUAUAGUCUAUUGUUUAUAUAUCAUUCAUAAGUCAAUUUCGGUUCACUUCACUGACCCUAGUACACAUUGGAGGAAUAUUUAUUGAGGUAUAUGUAUAGACAAAGUGGUCAUAAUUUUUUUUUUCUUUAAUAUGACACAACCAUUUGUUGAAUAUUUUUCCUGGAAAUAUCAUUUAUUCAUUAAAAAUUUAAAUGAAUUUAAUACUUGAUUAAAUAAGUGUGAUUUAACCAGAGUGAUUAGUAACUUAUUUCCCCAAUUUAAUCGAAUGUGUACUACGCUUUAUUAUAAUUAGUUCCUCGUAUUUAGAUCUCAGUUUAUCUCGUAUAAUGUAUUAUGUCUAACGUUAGCUAUAAGAUUUCACUCAAUGUACAUUUUGAAUUCUGUAGUGGGUUGUGAAAAUGAAUUUACGAUUUUUAAUACGAGGCUAUUCACGGUCGGUAUAUAUCUCUUUCAAUCUUAGACAAAGCAGAGAAGAUGAGACAUUAUGCCUAAUCUUACGAUCGUGAAUAGAAACGUAGGUCCUACAGUUAUAAAGUAUUCUGUUCUAAACGUUCACAAAUUAAUUUAUAUAGAUCAUAUUGGAUUAUAGAUAUAAAUUGCGCACAUAAUGCGAACGUGGGUAUUAUUAUGCCUACGGGAAUUAGGCGUGGUAAACUUCUUCUCUUAGUUUUACCGAAAAUAAGAGCGAAAAGAUAAGACAUAUUUCUCGUUUAUUUCCCUGAACGCCAGAUGACGUGUCAAUUACGACGUUUCAAUUGAUUUAAUCACCGCACAUAAAAACUAACCCUAUUUUUCUGUUUGUAUGUAUGCGCUUAUCUCGGAAAGUUUUGGAAGGUUUAUAUCAAUGAAUGCUACCCGUGUAUAGCCGGGGUGGGUCGCUAGUAUAAAAUAAAUAAUGGGGGUAGUUGAAAACCCGUUUUGAAAACAGACUGAGCUAAGUCGCGAGUAACAAUAAAUGAUUUAAUGAUCGCUCUUGACACUUUACCUGGACCUUGCUGUCUGUUUCAAGGAAUUUCUGCUAUCGUAAAUAGGCAUUAAGCUUUCCCCUUAUAGGUAUUGUAAUAUAUUUAAAAACAAAAUUUUAGAAGUGCCAUUAACUAUAAAUAUAGUAUUUUCGUACUACAAGCAUUAACUUUUUCGCUUUGUACAAAUGCAUUUUUAAUUAUUUUUUUUUCUACUUGAAUGUUUCAUUCAUAUAAGUAACAUACAUAUUGUAUAAAUAACUUGAAAUUGGGUUUCUGCAAAAUAGCACUUUUUUUUCGUAAAAAGAGUUACACUUAUACGCAAGUAUAUUUUUCGUUUCGUGCCAUGAAAUUUCUGGUAUUCUAUGUGUAGCGAGAUUGUAGGCUGUACGGAUAUUUUUUUAAGAUAUUGUAAAUUGAAACACAUCUUAUAAAGCCAUAUAUUUAUUGUAACAAAUAUUUUUUUGUAAUUUAUUAACAAUAUUAGGUGCCGACGGAUAUGUAUUGCCGUUGGCGUAUUAACGAGUGUGACAAAUUGGCCUAUGCGUACAUUGUGGAGUAUAUAUUGCGAUUAUAGAUAUUUCAAGUCAUCGUCGCGUUACUAUGCUUUAAGGUGGACGCCGACUUGACCGCGCCGCACGAACCGUAGUCGCUUAUUUUUUUAAUAUAUGUGCGAAGUUACGUAUAAAAUAAUUCGACAGACUAGGACACGUGCGCCGCGACCAAAUUUGCGUAUACCUUUAUUUGAAUAUAAUUUAAAGCAUACGUCACCGCGUAUAGAGUUGAAAUGUCUAUACAAAUGUACAGGGUAAACGAAAUGAUACGUACUACAUAAAUGCUUAGCUACCACGCUUAAUGUUACGUCCCUGCUAUUUUACAUUAUAACGGUAGAAGUGAAGACUGGUGGUAGAUUCGGUU